AUGGCUUGUUUUCCAUCUUCAUCGUUCUUUUUGUGCUCUCCAUUCCAGGAACUUUUCUCGCAAUCAUGUAGUGAAUCAAAGCAAAUUCCAUAUCAUAUUAUCGCAUAUACACGAGAUUUAUCUGCGCGAUAUUUAGGUGGCGCAUGGAAAACAAUUGGUACUGAACAAAUGCAUAUGAGAGCUAUGAGAGGUGGAAUGAGUAAUUUAUUGUUUCUAGUCGAACUUCCAUCUGAUGUUGCUGUUCAAGGAUUAGAACCAAUGUCUGCACUGCUACGAAUUCAUUGCAGCACUGAUCUAAUCCGUCAUUUUAAUGAAUCUAUCAUUUUCACAAUGCUUUCUGAGAGGUUGCUUGGGCCACAACUUUUUGGUGUAUUCCCAGGUGGACGAUUUGAGCAGUACAUUCCGUCUCGGGCAUUGCUAUGCCAUGAAUUAUCAUAUCCUGCAAUUAGUAGACGAUUGGGAGUUUUACUUGCUAGAAUUCAUACUCUUAAUGUGCCAGUAUCUAAAGAACCGAUGAUUUUUGAGGUAGCCGAAGAAUGGUUGAAAAAAUUAGAAAAUUUUAGCAGUAAAAUGGAACAUAAAAUGCAAAUUAAAAUGGUUCAAACAGAUCUAUCAAAAUGUCCCGAGGUUAUAACAUGUGAUGUAUUGAGGAACGAACUGCAAAUCACUCGGUUAUGUUUGGAGAAAAGCAAAAGUCCUGUUCUGUUUUGUCAUAAUGAUCUCCAAGAAGGUAAUGUAUUAUUGCGGAACAAAUAUCAUAUAGAUCAGUACGGUAAUUUGAACGCUGACGAGAGUGAAGAACCACUUGUUCUGAUUGAUUUCGAAUACGCCAGCUAUAAUUACCGUGGGUUUGAAUUUGCUAAUCACAUUUGUGAAUAUAUAUUGGAUUAUGCAAACGAUAAACCACCAUACUACUGGAUAAGACAAGAACGAGCUCCAAGUGAUAAACAGUUACACAUUCUUUUCAAUGCAUAUCUUGAUGAAUAUGAAAAGCAGACGAAAUGCUCAAAUGAAAGUGGUAAUGAACGAAAUUCUAUUCCUAGUACGUAUGUCGAUCGUGGAGCGAAAAUCAAUGAACUGAUUACUGAAGCACGUCGUUUCACUGCUGUAUCUCACUUGUUUUGGUGCAUUUGGUCAUUUUUAUCAGCAAAAGAUUCACCUAUUGAAUUUGAUUACCUCAGUUAUGGGUUAGAUAGAAUUGCAUUGUAUUAUGAAAGUAAACAUAAACUUCUUGAAUACUUUAGUGGAUAA